CGUGGCUGAAAGAUUAUCCACAUUUCUUUAUUAAAGUGAUCGCUGCUUCUCUAUUUCAUCUAUUCACGGCUAAAGAGUAGCUCACAGAAAAGAGGACCAGCAAAAAAAUUUGUGCGUAAGAUCUCAAAAUAGGGCCAGCGCAUACGAAUUGUUGGCAAUAACGUUUUCAAAAACACUUUUACUGUGUAAAAGUAAUUUUAAAAUAAUGCAGGGAACGCACCAAACAAAUUUACCUGGCUAUUGCAUGCCGCAGGUGUCAUUAACAACUAAUAUGGCUGGUUUGUCAAGAAAACAAAGAAAACGUCUACGUCAACGUGAAAGGGAAGCUCAACGUGCCGCAGUUCAAAUGGCAGUUAAUAAAAUUCAAGCCGCAAUUAAAACCGUACCCAACAAGAACUCUCUCGGAGGCAAUACAAAUAGUCCUCAGGUACCAGCUCUGUCUGGUAUGCUGUACGAUCUAGCCGUACAGUUUCGCACCGAGAUAUGCUUAUUACAAAUGCUCAUGGACUCGGAGACUCCACUAAAUUCUAAAACAAUAGCUGGAAAAGAAUUUAUUGUGGCAGAAAUAACAUUAGCGAAUAGUAGUCCAAUAACAAAAGAAGCAUUCAAAUUUAUGCGUUCAGUGAUUCUUAACGAAAUUGAGAAACAUCAAAAGCCGAAAAAAGUCACCCCUAUUUUCUAUAGCAUGAAUCAUAAUAAUACGUUCAUAAAUAUUCUUUGCGAAGAUGCAUUUGCAUUCGGGUGCUUGCAGGCUUGCGUUGGAAAAAUGUCGGCUUUAGGCAGUGUAUCGCUGUAUCCUUUAGAGGCAAGUGCUGGCCGCUUAUAUUGUUACAGUGUAAUAUACACUGGGAUUAUAAAUGAUCCAAUGAAAUUUUUGUUGCAAAUCCGUUUGCAUAUACCGAAAUUGCGUACCGAUCACUGGAUUAUUGCAAAUAGCAAAGUAUGUACUGAUGACCAAGAUGAAACACAAUUCCUAUUCCUCGUGGAUGAAAUAUCGUCCAUAGCGCUCGAGUACCGUUAUAGCAAUAGGCUUUUCAUCUGUUUGGAGGAAGCACUAUUUCAUAAUCAUGGACAAUUGCCAAAUUUCUUUUGACAACGGCGAAGCAAUCGAGCCUAACAAGUAUGUAGAGCAUCUAUAAUUUGCAUAAGGAAUAAAAUGGAUUUUCUUAACUGAUAUUUUACCUAGAGAUGGAUGUAUGUAUAUUUACCUUUUAAUUAUUACACUAUUUUGUUACAA